AUUCGAUACUCCCACCAGUCACUCGUUCUUCAAGCUUGUCCAUCAAUAACUCACCAAAGACUUCUUUGUGUGUGUGUUUUUCUUCACUACCAGACGUCAGGCAUACUCUUUUCUUCCAUCAGGACGAGAAGCAUUUGACAAACCAGACAAGAUGGGCAAGACAACGCACCGUCAGGGGGCCUGGUCUCUCAGGUCCAGCCUCGCCAUGCUGGCUCUGGUCGGCUUCGCGCAAGUCGUCAGUGCCCAGUCUACUACUACUGGUGGCACUACUACAACUGUCGAGCCCUCGACUACCAUCGAGCCCUCUACCACCAUUGAGCCCUCGACCACCAUUGAGCCCUCGACCACCAUCGAGCCCUCUACUACCAUUGAGCCCUCAACCACCAUUGAGCCCUCGACCACCAUUGAGCCCUCGACCACCAUUCUGCCCUCGACCACCAUUCUGCCGUCUACCACUAUUGAGCCCUCCACCACCAUAGAGCCCUCUAGCUCCACCACUGUAGCCACCACCUCGUCCUCCACCACGGAGCACUCCACCACGGAGCACUCCACCACGGAGCUUUCGUCUACCACUGUCUCGAGCUCCACCACCUCUCCUCCAACCAUCAUCCCCUCCUCCGUCCCCGCGGACGUGGCCUUGAUCUUCGAAGUCGUCCGCAACAGCGUGCUGCGCCGGGACCGCUACACCAAGCGCCAGGCUCUCGGUGGUUUCGUCGGCGACGCGGGCCCGGUCAACCCGGCCAUCUGCACCUUCGCGACCGUCUUCCACAUCAUUGGCGGCCGGCUCGAGAGCGGAGGUCAGUUCGUCUCCACCGACCUCGGCGUCCCGUACGAGCCGUUCCGCACCAGCGCCCUCCUCGGCGACAUCAGCACCGUCUUUGGCCUCGGACCCGGCAGGUCGCUCAUCUGGGCCAACCUCGACUUCGCCAACGGCGAGGCCGGCUUCUGCCAGGACGACGAUGGACAGGUCUUCAUUGUCUUUAAUGGCCUGCCGCCGCCAUUUGCCUGCUUCCCGGUUACCCUCAUUGCGUAUCCUGCUUCUGACUGCGUCAAUGGCGAGAUCGUCAACCCUGUCGUCCCCCCGAACAACGGCAGCCUCAUCCUCGGGCCGGGCACCUACUCGUUCCCCGUCACUGGCGAUCCCUCCGCCGCCGCCAUCUGCGUUACUGCUACUGAGUCGUGGAUCCAGGGCCAGACUACCCUCCUCCCGUAAGGUAGGAAAUGGUGUCUAUGUCCUGAGCGUGAAGAUUUGCCGCCAAAUCAUGUUUUUAUCUUCACUGCGGCGGGGAAGAGAACUACCCUCGGCAUCGAGUUAUAUCUAUAGGAGCCUACCAGCAUGUCAACUGUACUGGCGGAUGGGUGCGAGGUAGUUUUAUUUUUCUUGGUUUCUUGCCAUCGGCUUUUUAAUGGUGCGGAUUGGAGUCUUUAAUGUCAGGGGCUGGCUGGCGCGGAGAGAGGCCUUAAUACUCACUAGCCCCAUGUGAUGUGGUAGAGUUAAUAAACUUGGUGUUUCUGGAUUUUCAAAAACAAAU